GACAUGAUCCCCCCAGGGAUCCAAUCUGAACAUCUUUGCACCCAUGCAUGAAGCCAUGAAAUGCCAUGAAAACCAUUCACCCAUACACCCCCCACACACACAUACUCCGUAUAACUAGUAGCAGUGUGUAGCACUGAGCCGCACUGGACUGUGCUGUACAUGUUGUUCACAUAUCUUUCUCAGGUUUCUGCUUUCCUCUUGCACUGUCCGAGCUUAUUUUACCCACACACUUGCCCUUACACCUCUAAUUAUCCGCUUCACAUGCUCGCUCUCUUCUCCCUUCUCACUGUUCAUGUCGCUCUAUCUUUACUCGCCAUUUAAUCGUUGCCUCGCGCUCUCACAUGGCGCCCCAUUAAUAUAUAGCACCACUAGCUAGCUCCUCUUCCAGCUCCAAGCUCCAAGAACUCAACUCACUCUCUCCGAGCUUAGCUCUCACUGUCUCGCCGCGCACACGUCGCUCUCACUGGCUUAGCUGAGCUGAGCUGCAUUGGCUUCUGCAGUGAGUGCAGGAGUGCAAGGCUAUUGAGCUUAGAGGUACACCAGUGGCAUUGUCCAUGUCGGGCAGGUCGUCAAGGAGGGGCAGCUUCUCGCUGCGGCAGCCGCCGGUGGUGGACAUCGGCUGCAACUGCCGCCGGCCGAAGCUGUUCUCCAUCUUCUCCUCGUCGUCGUCCUCGUCGUUCCGCCGCGGCGGUAGCAAGCCCAAGUCGCCCAACGCCUCCUCCACGUCGACGACCACGGCGUUCACGGCCACGACCGGGGGCGCCGGCACGGCCACCUCCACCGACUCCUCGUGGGGCCCCGCGUCGUUCACCACCAACUCGCUGUUCGAGGAGCCGGCGGCGGCGCAGCAGGAGCAGGAGCAGCUGGAGACGAGGCGGAGGCGGAGGCAGCAGCGUCGGCGGCGGAGGCGGGCCGGCGCCACCUCCUUCGCUCGGGGCGGCGAUGUCGGCGGCCACGACGACGAGCAGCAGCAGCUGCAGGAGCAGGCGCCGUACCGGCGCGUGGCGAAGGAGAGCGUGGCUGUGGCGGUGGAGUCGGCGGAGCCGUACGAGGACUUCCGGGAGUCGAUGGUGCAGAUGGUGGUGGAGAAGGAGAUCUACGCGUGGGACGACCUCAACGACCUCCUCCAUCAGUUCCUCUCCCUCAACUCGCCGCGCCACCACCCUCUCAUCCUCCACGCCUUCGCCGACCUCUGGACUCGCAACGGCCUCUUCUCCCCGCCGUCCCCCUGCCAGUUCUAGCCAAGUUUCAACGCGACGCCACCAUGCACGCCAUACUUCUUAAUCGUGUUAACCACUAGCUAUAUUACUAGUGUACUUGUUACCAGCGCUAUUGAUAGCGUGUCUGUCGCCUCAGUUUGUUAACUAUCUACAUGGUGUACGUAGUUCAUGGUUGGGAGAGGUUAUUAACAGAGAUCCCAGCGUGAUGUGGUGCAUUUCCAACGGUCUUCGAUCUGCUGAAACCAAAGCACAAAGACCGUGCAAAAUGCACCAUUAAUUAGCUCCAGCAGCUUGAUCUGCUUGAUGUAAUGACACGCCAUAUGCCCAUGUACGUGAUGUGUAAUGAUGCGCGCGCGUGGCGCCGUGGUGGUGUAAUCAUAUACUACUUGUGUUUCAUGCUAAUUAAGCUA